CGGUAAUAACCCCGUCGACUGGCGGCCGCUUAACCACUCGUCUGCCCACGCUGGAGUGGAUCGGUUCGUUCCCUUUAAACUCCAGCGAGGCUCAACUGAACCGGAGUCCAGCAAGCGCGAAUCUAACAAGUGACCGCUAAUUAAUCAUCCGCAACGUGUAAUUCGAAUCAAAACUGCCUCUGGUAUUGGCCGAUCGUAAAGUGCUCCAAAGAUCUUGUCGACAUGCGCGAUAACGAAGAUGAUCUUUAUCGGGAGCGCCUGCCGAACGUAUGCGGUGCCGUGAGCUCAAAGGCGAGGAACUGCUGCAGCAUGCGUUCUGUGCACAGAUACCUGCCCGUCACCGAUUGGCUGCCCAAGUACCAGUGGAAUUUUCUGGCCAUGGAUGUGGUGGCUGGUCUCACCGUGGGCCUCACAGCCGUGCCACAGGCCAUAGCCUACGGAGCUGUGGCCAAUCUGCCACCAGCCUAUGGGCUCUACUCCGCUUUUAUGGGUGGAUUUGUGUACAUACUCCUUGGAACCUGUAAGGACAUCACAGUGGGCCCUACGGCCAUCAUGGCGAUGAUGGUGCAGCCUUAUGUGGACGGCAACCCAGCGUAUGCGGUGCUAAUAUGCUUCCUGUCCGGCUGCAUCAUCACUCUAAUGGGUUUACUCAAUCUCGGAGUGCUCAUGCGGUUCAUAUCGGUGCCGGUGACGACGGGUUUUACGAUGGCAGCCGCCCUAACCAUUGCCACCGGCCAGGUUAAUAGCCUCUUUGGCAUUAGCAGUAGUGCCAGUGGGUUCCUAAACAGCUGGAUAUACUUCUUCGGUCACAUAACGCAAACACGUCGAAAUGAUGCCAUCCUUGGCUGCUGUACACUUGUGCUCCUGCUGCUCAUGAGGCAACUGAAAGACCUGCCUUUCGGCUUUAGAAGCGUGUGGAAGUAUAUUUCACUGGCCCGCAAUGCUGUGGCCGUGGUAAUUGGCAUACUGCUGUGCUAUCUUCUGAAGAACGAUGGCAAACUGCCCUUUCUAGUCAGCGGCAGCAUCACUCCAGGCCUGCCGCCCUUCAAGCUUCCCCCCUUUCACACAGAGGACCCAGAGACUGGAGAAAGCAUCAGCUUUGGUGGCAUGGUAUCGAACGUAGGCACUGCCCUGGUGUCCAUACCACUGUUGUCCAUAUUGGAGAGCAUAGCUGUGGCCAAGGCCUUCUCCAAGGGCAAGAUAGUUGAUGCAUCGCAGGAGAUGAUUGCCCUGGGCGUCAGCAACAUCCUCAGCAGCUUCUUCUCCUCCAUGCCCAUUACGGGAUCCUUCACAAGGACAGCCAUCAACAACGCCAGUGGAGUGAGGACCCCGCUGGGUGGUGCGGUCACCGGCGCUCUUGUCCUCUUGACCCUGGCCUUCCUCACCACCACAUUUGCCUACAUUCCGAAGGCGACCUUGGCAGCCAUCAUCAUUGCAGCCAUGUUCUUUAUGGUGGAGUACGAGACCAUCGGCGAGAUUUGGCGGGCUAAAAAGCGCGAUAUGCUGCCUUUCCUGGUGACCGUGUUGACCUGUGUCUUCUGGACCCUGGAGUAUGGAAUGGUGGUGGGCAUCGUCUUCAAUGCACUUUUCCUGCUCUACAAGAGCAUGAAGCCGCAAUUUUUCUUGGCAACCGAGAAGUUUAAUGGCAUCGAGGUGACAAUGGCCGAUCUCAAGGGCAGCGUGGACUACACGGCAGCCGAGUACUUGAAGAUGUCGAUUGUGUCGCACGUGACGCAAAGGAACAGCGAGGGAGGUGCCCCCACCACACUGGUGGUCAUCAAGGGGCACGAGAUCGCCUCAAUUGAUAUGACCGUGGCUUUGAACCUCAAGUCGCUGCGCGAAGAUCUCGCCCUGCUGAAGUGCGACAUGAUCUGCUGGAACUGGAGUAUUCCGGCAGCGGGAGUGAUUUCCCGGAUGGACAGGAAGCUGCGCAGUAUGUUCAAGUUCUCGAAAAGCUUUCCCGACCUAAUGCAAACAAUUGCGGAUGCCGAAGCAGAAGCCGAUUCGUGUAUCGCCGUUGACUUGAGUCAAUAAAGAGUGCUCUUUUGUUUUGACGUA